AUAAAGGUAGUUUGAUUAAACGAAAUUUUUAGAGAUGCGGCGCACAGAGUUCAUCCAUUGGCUGGUCAAGGUGUGAACCUCGGAUUUGGAGACGUAACAGCAUUAGUAGAACUUCUUGGAGAUGCUGUUAUAUCCGGAUCCCCACUUGGAAAUAUGCUGUUUUUAAGGAAAUACGAAACAGUAAGGCAACGAUACAACGUUCCAGUAAUGCUCGCUAUCGAUGCGCUUCAUAGAUUGUAUAAAGGAACAGCAGCUCCCGUUGUGUUAGCAAGAAGUAUAGGAUUACAAUUGACGAAUGCCAUACCUGUGAUAAAGAAAGCGUUAAUCGAACAUGCGUCUGGUCGAGUCGAGAAUCGAUAGUAUUACAAAUUAAUAACUCUUAAUGUAACAUAAUACGAUUAUUAUUUUUGUAAUAAACUAUUUACAGUUAUUAUGAGCAAA